UCUCGACCGGCAGGACAUUACUGUAGAUCCGGGUUGUGUUGCUACUUUAGCUCGCAUAAAACAUUACAUUUGAUAAUUUUUAUUUAUUAUAACAACUUGUUACUUGGUCCGUAAAAUGUCUAAUUUAGAAUAUGAUUUAUUUUUUUUCAUUUGGAAGCGUACUUAAAAUAACUUAUAGCAGAAUAAAUAGUUUCAUAGGAGCUGUGGUCCUGUUUAAAAGGUGAAAUUUUGUUGUUGUAAAGGGUGAAAACAAAAGAGUGAAUUUGUUUUCAUUUGGACAUAAUAAUGAGUUCAAGGUCGUCCGGAUACAGUAACGCCGCGUACUGCACUAUGUACGAUAACGACGACCAGGAGAGUUGUUCUAUGUACCAGUGUGACAACGAAACGUUCGUGGAUGAUGUGUUUUAUGACCACGAACCCGAGAGAAGCCGGGAACCUCCACUGGGAGCCUCGGGAAGCUUCCGUUUCGUGGAAUCAAGGUCCAGCACGCCCAGCUCUACCCCGCGCAAACAGCAGCAGCGACGGCGCCAGCGUUCCUUCAGCGCGCCCAGGAAUCAGAACACGAUGAGCGUGUUAGCGCCGAUGAUCGCCCAGGCACGGUGCAACCAACAGACGCCAGGUAUUCGUCGUUCCAGAUCCGCCGUCUUCUGCAAGGAAAGCGAGGAUAGAAGGACGUCUCUGGGUGACGCUAGUGAUGCUAGGGACCUGUCAACCCAGAGAGGACACCCAACCAGAAGGACCAUUUCUGUCGGUCAACAACAAGGAUACCGUGUAUCUCCUGCGCGACCGUAUUGUGAACCACGACCUCGAGACACUUCCCUUUCGGUCUACGACCUUCGCUCCAUCAACUCUUCUUUCUGCCAGAAGCCUCGACAGUGUUUGAUUGCCGAGAGAAAGAGUUCCGCGAAUUUGGCCAUAAUUCCUCCCAACACCAGGCCCUUGCUGUCGCCCUCGCCUCUGGAGUCACCUACCAAGAAGGGCUCCUGGGCCGCUCUCCCGAGUCGUCCUACCAACAACACUCUCUGGCUAUCUGGGCUCUUCCUGCUCUUCACCAGCACUGUUAACUGCCUUCUGUGUUUCUACCUUCUAGCAAAGCUUGGUUUCCAGAAGGGGCGCCACUACUACAUAGAUUUAGCAGUGAUCUCUGGCUUCGCUCUCCUAGUGCUCGGAUUCGUUGGGAUGCGAAUGGGACGAUGGGAGUGGUUCCUCAAUCGUAACUAUCUAGCUGGAUACAUGGUGCUCAGCAUGUUGGACGUGUUGCUGUGUGCUGUGCUGGGUCUGCUGGCCAGUGAUUGGCGACCACCAGACUUACCCGAGAUCGUGGAGAUAGCAUCUGGUGCAGUUUGUGGUUUGUCAGCGCUCAUGCUGUUACUGGCGCUGUGUCUUGGUGCAUCCUCCUGCUGCCGCAAUCCUCCUCCAGACAAUAGAGUUGCACACAGUGUUCCGAGCUUCAUUGUCUAGUUCUGUAUAUAUAUGAUAGAUGUACUUAAACUUUUGAAGUUAUAAAAGUGAAUUAACACACCCUAUUUGACUAUACCACCCUUGAUUCGCUUGUUCUGAAGUUAGUAUCAUUGUUGUAUAUACUGUAAAUUAUUGGAUGUUUCCAUAAAGAUAGAUAUCUUGCAGUCGAAGUUGCAAAUAUUAUGUUAACUUUUUUAUGAAGUAAUUCCUUAAGAAAAAUAACCAAACAAGUAGUGAAAUAUUGAUUAAGUGAUGUAUAACAUGAUAUAAUACUUGUAAAUAGAAAUAAAUAAAAAACUCAUAUAUUUGACAGAACUUCAGGAAAUACUGAAAUAAAAAAUAUAGAUUACUUGACAAAACUAUUGCUCUUCUUAUUAAAAAAUGCUUAUCUUAACUAUGAUCAUAUUCAUCACUAAAUUUUAAAUAACAACAAUUUUUUUUAUCAUUAUGACUUUUGAUACUGUAUGUAAUUUCAAAGCUGGGCCAAUUAUUCUGGAGGCCAUGGCCAAGGGAGUACAGGAGGCAGGAUAACUUUUAAUUUUUAAAGAGACAAGAAAUCCAUUAAAACACUUUUAAAGUCUCCUUAGGUUUUAAUUUAAUGGAAAUUAUAAUUUUAUUAAUAAGGCUUUUAUUGUUAUUUAUUUGUAUGUAUCUUUAUAAUAUUAAUUUGUAAAUUUUAAAUGUAUGAUUUCCUACUAAACUGAUUAAUUUCAAAUCAGAUACAAAAAGUAAAAACUUAGAUUAUAAAGAGAGAACCAGAUGUAAGGAAUAGUUAAGAGUUAACAAAAGUGAUUAUGUACACUAAAGAUAUUAGAUUAUUUUGUUAGAUUUUACAAGGAAAUUGGGCAUCAUCAAAAUCUCGACCCAAGCGCUUGCAAACUCUAAAUACGGCUCUGUUUCAAGGAGAUAAUUUUAAUAUAAAAUUUGAGCUAAAAGAUUUGUAGAAAAAGAUAGCCAUUUCAAUUAUUUAUUUAGUUUAUGAAUCUAUUAUAUUUAAUAGUUUUAUAAAGAGUCUAUAAUGUCAUAGAUUUAAAAAUGUAUUUUGUUCCAAGAUGACAUAUUAAAAUCAUUGGCAGAACUACAUCUUGGCUUUGUAAGCCAUAGUCACAUUUUACAAUAAAUUACCCACUAUCAAAUUUGCAAAACAAGAACUUGCUCCUUUGUUUAGUUUAUAUUUUACAGUUUAAUCAGAAGUACAGUAUGGAUUCUUGAUGGAAUUAUUUAAGAGCCAGCUUUAAUGGUGACCAUCUUAAUUUUAGCCCAAUAAGAACAUGUUAAACCUCAAUUACAAUGUUAUUUUGUCGUAAAAUUAUGGGAGAUGUCUCAUUUUAAAGAUAUAAUCAAUAUGCAUCAAAAUAACUUUUUAAUUGUCUUAUAUUAAUCUUGUCAUGUAUGAAUAUUAUAAUUUGUUUUUCAAUAAAAAAAAUCUCAUAUUUUUAGUUCAAAUACUCAAAAAGUAUGUACUUUACAAGAAAAGCAAAAAAGCAUUUGAGAGGGUACCAAUCAUGUUUUAAAAAUGAGACAUAAACCAUGAUUCUAUGAUUAAAAGUAACAGCGUAAACGUAUUUGAGGUUUAACAUUGAUAUUAUGGAGUAAAACUCAAAGUUGUUUCACUACAGCUGGCUCUCUUAAUAAGAAAGUAAUCUGUAGCUAUUUAAUAUUGAUGUGAAUAAUUGCUCAAACAUGUUUAAACAGUUUGCGACAGACUGAGCUCAUUAUGAACUGUUCCACCAAUCAAUGUCAUUUAAUAAGCCUUUCCUAUGCCCUUGCCUAAGUACAAAGUCGGAAAAGGUUCAGAACCAUACUUUCACUGGCCACACUCUCAUUAAACCUGUCAUUACUUUUUUUAUCGCUGUUUGAACACAGAAAUACUCAGUAACUGAGGUUAAUAAUAAAAAUUACAAAAGCGAGAUCCUUAUCAAGUUUUUCUAUUUACACUUCGGCUAGUGUUGACUCGGCAUUGGAACAAGUAUGGUACAGUAAUAUGAUAGCCUAAAUAUUUUUGAAGUAGUUUUUAAAUUUUUAAAAUGUACCGUUGCUUCUGGAAUGUACAUUGUACUUUGAAAUUUCAGUCUCAUUCAAAAUCAUGUUGAACACUGUAACACCCAUAAUUAACAAUCUCCAUAACUGUAUGAUAUGGCAAUAAAGUGAAAAACUCUCAUUCAUAAUUAUGUUAUAAAAUUGGAGCUGAUUCAUUACAAAUAGUAUGUAGUUCUGCUACGAUUGAAAUGUUAACCAAAGAUUUAAAGACAUUAGUCAUUAAUUUAUAAUAUUUUAGCUAUUACUCUGUGAGUAAAUUGAUAAAUUGAUUUUAGAAAUAAAUGUCAGUGUAUUGUAACUAGUUUCUAUAUAGAAUAAAAUAUUGUUCUUAAUAA